AUGAUGAAAGAAGCUACAGAGAAGCAAGCGGAUUGCUUUUCACCAAACACCACCAUGCAAAACAGUAGUGCUGGAUCUGCUGUUGGCAAAAUUGUUAGCGUUUCGGUUGGAGAUCCAAUGAAAGAGGGAAAAGGACUAAGCGCAAAAACAACCUAUCUCUUACAAACGGAGGUAGCUCUUGCUGGAUUUCCGGAGCAGAGGAUGAUCUAUAACUCUCGUAAAAGGUACACCGAAUUCAAGUCUUUGUAUGAUGAAUGCAAAAAAUUGGUUAAUAAUCUCAAGUCUUCAUUUCCACCCAAGAGUUUUAAAAAAUUUAACGACAAGCUCAUAGAAGAACGACGACAAACUUUUGAGUCAAUAAUUACUGAGAUUGUGGAUAAUCCUGUACUUUUAAACAAUUCGUUACUGAAGAAUUUUCUUGCAAUACCAACUCAUAUUCAGCUCGUUCAUAAAUCACCGGUAAUACAAAAUCAUCAUCGUAAAUUUAAAUUUUCAACAGUAUUGAAGGUAGAAGAAAUCAAGUUUUCAUUUAAACAAUUUUUAAUAGAAGAACAUAAUAUUGAACCUUUCGAAUUUUUAGAAUCCAUAUAUCAAAUUCAAACCAAUGGUAGUAUUUUGGUGGAUGAGUUUGACAGGCUAGUCAUUGAAGAAUUUGUGGAGAUUGGAAGUGUUAGAGAAAUUAAUGUUGACAACAAGACAAGAAGUAACCUGUUAACCGACUGGAACAACCUUAAAGAGUCGUUAAAUAAGACGUCUAUUAAUGUUGUUCUGUGGGAGGACCAAUUAGAACCACUUUUAGCUCCUGUUUGUAAUUCAGUGAAGCUUCAUUUGAAAAACGAUUCAUUUUCUAGAUUUUCACAGCUUCAUCUUUCUGCAUGA